AUGGGUCGGAACGAAGCCCAUUGUCACCAGGAGCCGAUGAGCUCCUUUCUUGUUUGGUUGACCAUUGUUUCUGGUAUGGGAGGGUUCCUUUUCGGAAUCGAUACAAGCAACAUAUCCGGAGCGCUCAAGUUCAUCGAGGAGGAGUUCCAUGUAGACUCGGCCUUAACAACCGCCAUCAUUGUUUCGGGUACUAUCGCAGGUUGUGUUCCUGCCACGGUGGCUGCAGGUUGGCUUGGUGGUACCUUCGGACGGAAGCCAACUUUAACGAUGUCCAGCAUUCUGUUCAUAGUCGCAGCCGGCAUCAUGUCCCUUGCUGCAAACAUACCAAUGUUGGUUGGCGGUCGCAUUGUUGCUGGCUUUGCAGUUGGUAUAGCCUCUUGCACCGUGCCGGUUUAUCUGGCGGAAACGGCUCCAACAUCUCAUCGAGGGGCCAUAGUGACUUGCUAUGUGGUGUUGAUUACCUUCGGUCAAGCAGUGGCGUACAUGAUUGCGUAUCUCUUCGCUAUGAUUCUUCCACAAUCUUAUGAAUGGCGGGCUAUGCUGGGUACUUCAGCCAUCCCUGCUCUCUUCAUGUUGCUCGGGUUGAUCCGCAUGCCUGAAACACCGCGGUACCUUGUCUUGCAGGGGAAGGACGAGGAGGCACGAAGAGCGCUCGUCACAAUAAGAGGUCAUGAGAAUGUAGACGAAGAGCUGAUUGAGAUAAAAGAAGUGUGCUUGAACGAAGGUCAGGAAAGCGUGCGAAGUCUGUCUAGCAAGGGACUCAGACGGCACCUUCAGGUGGGAGUGGGAUUGCAGGUAAUGCAGCAGUGCCUGGGGAUCAAUGCCAUCAUGUACUAUAGCGUCAAGAUCAUCCAUGACUCCGGCUUCACGUCGGGUCAUGACGACAUCUUCUAUUCGAUUCCGAUCGCGUCCACCAACUUUCUUUUCACUUUUGUUGGUCUCUUCCUAAUUGACGUGACAGGGAGGAGAAAGCUCUUGCUAGGAUCCUUGAUUGGAGCUACAAUAUCUCUCUUUGGGCUUGCUGCCUAUUUUUCUUCCAUGUCCGCUUCUUCGCCGCGGAUUACUCCUCCAGACCAGAUUGUCAACCUCUGCCAGCAGUAUCAGAAUUGUUACGAUUGCACGCGGGACUCCCAGUGUGGUUUUUGCUAUUCCGGAGAGCAAGCUGUUUGCUCCCCUGGGAAUCUUGACGGGCCGCUCAAUGCAACUUCAUGUGAUCGAGUCACUUGGUCGUACGACGCUUGCCCUUCCUCGAAAGCAUGGGUUGCUAUACUACUGGUCAUGCUCUACCUUGCUUUCUUCGCCUCAGGGAUCGGGCCUGUACCCUGGACAGUCAAUUCAGAGAUCUACCCGCUUUCCGUCCGAUCGCAAGCGAAUUCUCUUGCGACUGUUGCAAACUGGACAACAGACCUCCUGGUGGGUUCCUUCGCCUUCCCCAUACUCCUUGAGUACCUCAGCGCCUCCAUCACUUUUGGGAUAUACGGAUGCGCAGGGAUCAUCGGGAUUGCGUUCACUUACUUAUCACUGCCCGAAACAGCUGGGAAAUCGUUGGAAGAAAUCCAGGUAUCGAAAAUUUCCAGGACAAAGAGCGUAUGUAGGAGUGAAUUUCAAUCUGCAGGAAUAUUUCUCGUCUUCCGAGAGGUGGACCGACGUUCGUCGUAA